AUGUCAUUAGCGUCAAAUGCUUUAACUUUUUCGGCCCAAAAUGAACUUCCUGAUUCGCGUGUUAAUUCUCAUGACGUUUCUCAGCUUGAUGACCUACAUCAACAUGAUGCUCGUGACAAUGCUCCCGUUAAUAAUAAUGACGAUAUGAAUACUCGCGGAGUUCGUGAUGCCGAUAUUUAUCAUAAUGGCGUUAGUUAUUAUAAUCUUAAUAAUUCUGAUACUUGUUUUGCUUAUUUUCUUGCCUUUGUUCUUACUGUCCUUUUUAUUGUGAGUGUGUUUCGUCCUAAUAAUUAUUCAUUUACUAUACAAUCAUUUAUCAUAUCAUUAAAAGAAAUUCUUUACUUCAAAGUAACCAAUAUUGUCGGACGGAAUGUUGAUGUUUUCGAUAUGUGA